AUGACCACCAACGCACAAGACGCGAUCGUGCUCCUCGGCGACUCGAUCACCCAGGACGGCUGGUCGCCCUACGGCUUCGCGCAGCGGCUCGCAAAUGCCUACGUCCGCAAGCUAGACGUGAUCAACCGCGGCAUGUCGGGCUACAACACCGACUGGAUCAUCCCCGUCUUCGAGCAGUGCUUCGCGAAGCAGCACGACCAGCAGCACCUCCCCAAGAUCAGGCUCAUGACCAUCUGGCUCGGCGCGAACGACGCGGCGCUGCCGCCCUCGGGGCAGCACGUCCCGCUCGACCGCUACGCCGCCAACCUCGCACACCUCGCGCACCUCGUCUCGGACCCGUCCUCGCCGUACCACGCCCCGCACACGAAGCUCCUCCUCAUCACGCCCCCGCCGAUCAACACCCACCAGUGGCGCGUCACCCUCCGCCAGGGGGAGCCCCCGAAGGAGCUCGACCGCAAGUUCGAGGUGACCGCAGAGUACGCGGAGCGCGUCAGGACGGUGGGCAGGGAGUUGGGCGUGCCGGUUGUGGAUGUGUGGACGCGCGUGUGGGAUGCGGCGGGGCAUGUCGAGGAGAGGCUGAGCGAGUAUCUGUACGAUGGGCUGCAUCUGAACGAGCAUGGGUAUGCGCUCGUGUAUGAGGAGAUCAUCAAGGCGAUCAGUGAGAACUACCCGGAGCUGCAUUACGAGAAGCUCCAGCCCGUGUUCAAGCUCUGGGACCAGAUCAACCCACAGAAUCCGGGACCCGACCUCCAGAAGAGGGACAUUUUUGCCGCAUGA